AUGACCGUCAUCGAAAACCCCUUUCCUAUCCCCACUCAGCUGUUUAUCAAUGGCGAAGUAGGUAUCAUGCCUUAUAAACUCAAAACAUUAGGUACUGACGAGGAAAAGUUCACAGAGUCGAGCUCCCCCGAGCGAUUCUCCAUCUACAACCCAGCCGAUGGCAGUCUCGUCACCGAUAAGAUCCAAUAUGCCGUAUCGGAUGAUGUCGACCAGGCAGUGCGCAGUGCCCAGGCUGCAUUCCGGAACAAGGCCUGGGCUGGAAUCACGUCCCAAGAACGAGGUCGCGUUCUGAAGCGCAUUGCCAAAGCCAUUGAAGAGAACAAGGAGGAGCUUGCCUGGUUGGACCGAAUCGCCAUGGGCAAGCCCGUUACCAAUGGUAUCGGCGAAGCGCAGUUCACGGCCGAUAUAUUCGAAUACUACGCCGGUUGGGCCGACAAGCACGCCGGCGAGACCUUCCCCGCUGACGAUGGAUUCCUCAAGAUUGUCCAGCACGAGCCACUCGGUGUCUGCGCCGGCAUCCUGCCCUGGAACGGCCCCAUGGCCACGACCGCCUUCAAAGCCGCCCCGGCCCUAGCCACCGGAAACGUCAUCAUCCUCAAGCCGAGCGAGAAGAGUCCCCUCUCGGCCCUGCGUCUGGCAUCCCUCCUGACGGACAUUCUCCCUCCGGGUGUCCUCCAAGUCCUCAACGGCGCCGGAGCCACGGGCGAGCUCCUCGCGCGACAUCCUGACAUCCGCAAGAUCAGCUUCACGGGAUCCGGCCUAACGGGCAAGAAGAUCCAGCGCGCCGCCGCAGAAAGCAACCUGAAGCGUGUGACGCUCGAACUCGGAGGCAAGACACCGGCGGGGAUCUUUGACGACUGCAACCUCGACAACGCAGUCCAAUGGGCCACGAAAGCCAUCACCUCAAAUUCCGGACAGAUCUGCAUCGCGGCGUCCCGCGUCUACGUCCAGGAGAGCAUCGCAGAGAAAUUCAUCGCCGCAUUCGUCGAAAGCAUCAAGGCCUCGGCCGAAAACAUCGGCGACCCAAACAGCAAAGAUACCCAGUUCGGGCCAUUGGCCGAUAAAGCGCAGUUCACGCGAGUGCAGACCUUCUUCAGCGAAGACGCGGGCAAAACACAAAUCCUGACAGGCGGCAAACAGCACGGCGAAACGGGCUACUUCUUUGAGCCCACGGUGCUGUAUAACCCAGAUCCGCAGGCAGCGGUGUACAGGAACGAGAUCUUCGGGCCUGUGGCGUGCGUGCGGACGUUCAAGGACGAGGAGGAUUUUCUGCAGAUGGCGAACGAUACCGAGUAUGGGUUGAAUGCGGCGGUGUUUACGAAGGAUAUCAACCGGGCCAUGAGGAUUAGCUCGCGGCUGGAGAGCGGCACGGUGGGUAUUAAUUGUGUGACGAUGCUGCAUUAUCAGGUGCCGUUUGGAGGGUCGAAGCAGUCGGGCUUUGGUAGGGAGCUUGGGGCUUAUGGGUUGAAGUCGUAUACGGAGCCGAAGUCGAUCUAUGUUAAUCUGAACAGCUAG